GUCUGUCUGCAAAUCCUGCUCUCUCAUUGGCUGAAACCUUUGUUUAUAUUUGCCUCCGAAGCAAAGUUCGGUUUCAUUUUCAACCUGUCAAAUCCGUGGACAGCUGUGAAGUCAGCACCGCCUCGCGCAUCACGUAGAGAAUGAAGGUGCUUUUUUCAUCCUUCAGUUCACUCUUUGAGGAUCUUGUUAAGACACUUGGAGAUAGACCCUCUCUCAUAUAAACGGAAGAGCAUAAACCUUAGGAAGAAUGAAUUCGUGUUAUCAGUCCAGCACUUCACAUCCUUUCAAAUAACUAUUUACCUGCACUUUGUCAGGCCUCAUUCAGCCUCCCCUCUACCUCUCAAACACACACACACACACGCUCCGCUAGUGACCCCACCGCGGCUCCUGCAGGCUGGGUACGGAGCUGGUCUGGCCGCGUGCCCCUCCAGCUCUGUUUGUUAGUGUGAGAUGGCGCGGCAGGAAGCAGAAGGUUGCUGCUGCUGUGGACUGUAAUGUCAGAGCCCAGCAGCCCCGGCGAGAGCCAGUGCGGCGCUCCCAGAUUCUUCGUGGGCUGCGCGGAGGAUGAGAGCGAAGGCCUGGACGACUGCGCCAGCAUGAGGACAGACAUGGAGCUGUACGAAGAUGACCUGGAGGAUGACUCGCCUCCAGAAUGUCAGAUCGUGGUGGGGAUUUGCUGUAUGAUGAAGAAAUCUAAGUCCAAACCCAUGACUCAGAUCUUGGAGCGUCUUUGCAAGUUUGAGUACAUCACAGUGGUCAUCUUUCCAGAGGACGUCAUACUCAAUGAGUCGGUGGAGAAGUGGCCACUCUGUGACUGCCUGAUCUCAUUUCACUCUAAAGGUUUCCCCUUGGAUAAGGCAGUGAGUUAUGCAAAGCUCCGCAACCCAUUGCUCAUCGAUGAUCUUAAUAUGCAGUAUUACAUACAGGACAGGAGGGAAGUAUAUCGUAUCCUGCAGGAGGAGGGGAUAGAUCUGCCACGCUAUGCUGUGUUAAACCGUGACCCUGACAAACCUGAUGAGUGUAACCUUGUUGAGGGAGAAGACCAAGUUGAAGUUAACGGCGAAGUCUUUCUAAAACCCUUUGUAGAGAAGCCAGUUUCUGCUGAGGACCAUAAUGUGUACAUCUACUACCCAACUUCAGCUGGAGGAGGCAGCCAGCGUCUCUUCAGAAAGAUUGGGAGCAGAAGUAGUGUUUACUCUCCAGAGAGCAGUGUGAGGAAAACUGGCUCCUAUAUCUAUGAAGAGUUCAUGCCAACUGAUGGCACAGAUGUGAAGGUGUAUACAGUAGGGCCAGAUUAUGCUCACGCAGAGGCUCGUAAGUCCCCUGCUCUCGAUGGAAAAGUAGAAAGAGACAGUGAAGGCAAAGAAAUCCGCUACCCAGUAAUGCUGACUGCUAUGGAGAAGCUUGUGGCCCGUAAAGUGUGUCUGGCGUUCAAGCAAACAGUGUGUGGAUUCGACCUUCUCCGAGCCAACGGCCACUCGUAUGUGUGUGAUGUUAACGGAUUUAGCUUUGUGAAGAAUUCCAUGAAAUACUAUGAUGACUGUGCUAAGAUCCUGGGAAAUAUUGUGAUGAGGGAGCUGGCUCCACAGUUCCAGAUCCCCUGGUCCAUACCUACAGAGGCAGAGGACAUUCCUAUUGUACCCACUACAUCAGGGACCAUGAUGGAGCUGCGUUGUGUGAUUGCUGUGAUCCGUCAUGGAGAUCGUACACCAAAGCAGAAGAUGAAGAUGGAAGUUCGGAAUCCCAUGUUUUUUGAGCUUUUUGAAAAAUAUGGUGGGUAUAAAACAGGCAAGCUGAAGCUAAAGAAGCCCAAAGAACUGCAGGAAGUUCUGGACAUUACCAGGACACUCUUGGCAGACAUAGGAGAGCAUACUGACUGUGAAAUUGAGGAGAAGUCAUCCAAACUUGAACAACUAAAGACUGUUCUAGAAAUGUAUGGCCAUUUCUCUGGAAUCAAUAGGAAAGUGCAGCUAACUUACCUUCCUCAUUUACAGCCCAAAACAUCCAGUGAGGAGGAAGAUACUCGUAAGGAGGGCCCCUCUAUACUGCUGGUGCUGAAGUGGGGUGGGGAACUGACUCCAGCUGGCAGAGUUCAGGCUGAAGAACUUGGCAGGGCUUUUCGCUGCAUGUACCCUGGAGGUCAAGGGGAUUAUGCUGGCUUUCCAGGGUGCGGCCUGCUCAGGCUCCACAGCACCUACCGGCAUGACCUCAAGAUCUAUGCCUCUGAUGAGGGCAGGGUGCAAAUGACUGCUGCUGCCUUUGCAAAGGGUCUCUUAGCACUGGAAGGGGAACUGACACCGAUCCUGGUCCAGAUGGUAAAGAGUGCAAAUAUGAACGGCCUGCUGGAUAACGAUAUCGAAUCCCUCAGCGGCUGUCAGCAGAGGGUUAAGGCCAGACUUCAUGAGAUCAUGCAGAAAGAUGAAAUCUUCACAGAAGAAGACUUUGACAGGCUGGCUCCAACAUGCAGCAGCUCUCUUGUUGGCUCUAUGAAAGCUGUGGAGAAUCCAGUAAGUACAUGUGAUCAAGUCUACAGCCUUGUCCAGAGCCUCACCUCACAGAUCCACAAAAGACUUGAAGACCCCAAAUCAGCAGAUUUACAGCUGUACCACAGUGAGACACUGGAGAUGAUGCUGCAGCGCUGGUCUAAGUUGGAAAGGGACUUCCGCAUGAAGAGUGGCCGCUACGACAUCAGCAAGAUUCCUGACAUUUACGACUGUGUUAAGUAUGACGUGCAGCACAACAGCUGUCUGGGCCUGGAGGACACAUAUGAACUCUUCAAGCUCUCUAGAGCACUAGCCAACAUUGUCAUACCACAGGAGUACGGCAUUAAUAAGGUGGAGAAGCUGGACAUUGCUUAUGCCUACUGUCUGCCUUUAGUGAAGAAGAUUCAGCUUGACCUUCAGAGGACACAUGAGGACGAGUCUGUAAACAAGCUGCAUCCACUAUAUUCACGUGGAGUGCUGUCGCCAGGCAGGCAUGUCCGAACUCGGCUGUAUUUCACGAGUGAGAGUCACGUCCACUCACUGCUUAGUAUCUUCCGUUAUGGUGGCCUAUUGGAUGAGGAGAAGGACCAGCAGUGGAAGAGAGCCAUGGAUUAUCUGAGUGCAGUGUCUGAGCUCAACUACAUGACCCAGAUCGUCAUAAUGCUCUAUGAAGACAACAAAAAGGACCCUUCCUCUGAAGAACGCUUCCAUGUUGAACUGCAUUUCAGCCCUGGGGUCAAAGUAUCUGAGGAGGAGAGCGCUCCGAUGGGCUUUGGCUUCCGACCAGCCUCUUCUGAAAAUGAUCAGAAGCAAACAGAUCCUGGUAGUUUGGAAAAUCUUGUACGAGAUGAGCCUGACCGUGCUUUGCCCCUUUCAGAGGCCAUCAGCACCCUGAGGAAAUCCCCUCUGAUCCGGAACCGCAAGACUGGCUCCAUGGAGGUCCUGUCAGAGACUUCGUCCUCUAAAGGAGGCAGCUACCGCCUCUUCCCCUCCUGCUCACGUCAGUCUCCAGAGAUGAAGCAGAGCGGAUUAGGCUCUCAGUGUGCUGGCCUCUUCAGCACCAACGUCCUGGGGGGCUCCUCUAGUGCCCCCAACCUUCAGGACUACGCACGCGCACACCGCAAAAAAUUCUCCUCGGGCAGUUUGACCUAUAAAGACGAGUUGUUGUCUAUGCCGGCAGUAAAGAGAUUUUCUGUGUCGUUUGCAAAGCAUCCGACUAAUGAACCCCUGAAAGAGCACCAGGUAGCCCAGCUGCUGAGGCACUUUUCCACCGACCCCCAUAUUGGCCACCCGUUCUGUUUGGACAGUGCUUUUGCCCACCACCUCCAUCAGUGCUCCUACCAUCUCCGCCUCUUCCGCAACUGGUUAAUCUCUGGCCAGGACCCACUAGAGUACCUCUACGGGUUUGAAGGCUGCUCCAUGGUGCCUUCAAUCUACCCCCUCGAGACCCUCCACAACUCACUCUCACUCAAACAAGUGAACGAGUUCCUGACGACUGUGUGUGAGAAUGCAGGAGAUUCCCACACCAGGACAACCAGAGCUCUCUCAGCCAUGUUUGACUCCCAGAACCAGCCCACGGGGGACUCUUACAUCCCUCACAGAGUGCUGUCCUCCUCGGUUUCUCUGCGCCAGCGCUCUGAUCGGCCACCAUGGUACAGCAGUGGUCCCUCCAGUACAGUGUCAAGCGCCGGCCCUUCGUCUCCCACAACGGCUGACACCUCCCCACGCUUCAGCUUCAGUGAGAAGAUCACCCUCACACCGCAGAGCAGCGAGGAGAUCCACCCAGCCCCUCACAACAACAUCCACUGUGUGUCCUCCACGUCUGUACUCAGCAGCACUGAAACCAGCCUCCCUUCUGAGGACCCCCACCCCUCCAUACCAUCUCCUAUCCUGGAGAGACCGGGUGAAACAGCAGUGGAUGGCACAGACUCUGCAGGCCAGUGUCUGACAGAGAGCCCCUGCUGUGACGAAGUGCCAAGCCCGGCCCCUGCGGAGCCCAGUGCUGCUUGUUCACACUUGGCUGACAGUCCGCCAGCAGAGUCCUUCUGUGGGCUGCCCAGCUCUCUGCCUGUGCUCCAGGAGCUCAGAGAGAGCAGCUCAGAGGCCGACUCCAGCGCCCAGACCCCACUCACCCCUGAGGAGCCCGAGGAGUUCUUCGAUACGCAUGAAAUGGUUGAUGUGUGGAGGGGAAGCACGGGGUCCCUUCCCCACCCCAGCACUCCUCUAGAGGUGGGAGCUCCCCAUGUGCCUGAGCAGUGAAGGAAACGCAGAUACGUGUGUCUUUCACCCAUCUCAGCAAGCUCUCACUCUAGUGCCUCAGACCUUCAUAAAGUCCCAUACAAGACCAAGUGGGAUUUGCCUACACAAUUUAAGGGAAGUUGAGGAAAUGGGAGGCCCUCUCUGUGAUUGUCACAUGUCGAACACGAAGCGCAGAUACUCCUGUUGAAAAUCUUAAUAAACUCUCCAUGUGACAUUCAGAGCUGCUUCCUGUGUAACGCAUCACUCUAGUCAAGCGGCUAGUGAUCAAACAUAGGCUUUUAGACACACUAAAAAAAUUAUUCUGUGCACAAAUUAUCUUCCUCGUCUCUGACUGCAUUCUUUCUUCAUUAGCUGGUCUGGAAGAUAUUUUUUAAAGGGACAUGGUAUUUGAUAUUAGUCAAGCUGAACUCUUGAAUAAAGAACUUGCAUAUCUUAAUGGAUUUUAAAGGGAUAGUUGCCCUAAAAAUUCAAAUUGUCAUCAAAACCUAUAAGACUUUCAUUCAUCUUCGAAACACAAAUGAAGAUGUUUUUAAUGAAUCCUAAGAGAUUUCUGUCCCUCUGUGAAAAGUCCAUGCAACCAACACUUUGAAACUGAACUUUUAAUAGAGAUCAAUAGAGAAAAAUAUCUUUAUUUGUGCUUCCAAGAUGAAUGAUAUAGUCUUGUGGAUUUGCAACGGCAUAAGUGAACAAUCCCUUUGAGUGAACGCUAACUGUUUUAUUAUUAUUUGCCUAAGCUUGCUAUACCACUGUCGUAAUUUAUUAAAUCAUUAUAAAAUACAUAUAAAUGUAGACUAUAUAUAGACUAAUAUGCAGCUUACUUUUAACAAUGAGACUGCAAAUGAUUGAGUCAAAUUUUUUUAUAUUUUAUUUUUGUAAAACAUAGUGCUUUCACAAUUUUAAAUAAUUAAGUAGUGGUCUCCUUAUCAAUUACAUUUGUCCUGCUUUGUACUGCUCACCUUUUUGACAUUGAAGUACUUUUUUGUACCAUGAACCCUCCUGUUUGAUCAACCGAAGAGUGCAGUGUGACAGUGUUUUUUUGUUUUUUUUUUCUUAGUGAAAAAGAAAGAGAAGGAUGCUGCUUUUCAGAAGCACACACUGUACCUGAUGAGUCAAAAAACCCUGAUGAGUUAACCCUGGCUAGUGGGCGUUGUUUACUGAGCAUGCAGGAAGUUUGUGUGAAAUGAACUGAUUGCCACUGAUGUUGGACCAGCUUGUAAGACCUCUAGAUUUUAGAGAGGAGCAUUUCACUUCCCCCCUCCGGCAGCAGCGUCUGUGAAUUAUUCCACUCCGCUCGGAGUACAGUGAAGCACACUGAUUCUGAAAUCACUGACAUAUUAAAGCAUCUGCCUCUGAUAGAUUUAACUCAAACGUGUCGUACUGUUGGUGCUGUAUGCCGUCUGUGCAGUAGUAUUUAAGGGAUAGUUAGAUGGAUCUAAACUAUUCCUUUAAAUGGCACUUUGACUUACAGUGUUUCAAAUAAAAGUGGCAUUGUCUGCAGAAA